AUGUCUGCCGAUAAUGAUGUGGAGAUGAACGAGGAGCAUCCGGUAGAAGAGGUGGAAAGCGAAGAGGAUGGCGACGACACUGAGGAAGAAGACGAAGAAGUGCCGGAGAAUGAGAGAAAAGUAAAAAUAGCAUCGAUAAAUUAAAAAUCAAUAUGAAAGUGUUGCAGGCGUACAUUCCUGGACUUAGCCGGCCUCUGAAAAAGGGAGAAGAACUCGAUUUCGACCCGAGCGCCUACAAGCUUUUCCACAGUUUCAACUCUGGUAAUUUGAUUUAUUCACACUUAAAAAAAAUUUAAAUACUCCUUCUCAGAUGGUGCGAUUUCGAAAUAGAACUUGUCUCGGUAUAGAACCACUCCGAUAUACAAAAAAUGAAUCUAUACCGAUACAAUUUCGUUAUCUAAACAUUUCUAUUUCUAAGUCGCACCUUUCAGAUUGGCCAUGCCUUUCGUUCGAUAUCGUCCGGGACGGACUCGGCGAGAACCGUACUCAGUUUCCCACCGAAUGUUACAUUGUCAGUGGAACUCAAGCGGAUAAGCCGCGGGACAACGAGAUUAUUGUGAUGGGACUGAAGAACCUCUCUGCUAUGAAGGUACAUUGAUGCCUUUCAACAAAAACUAUUUUCUCUUUCCAGAAAGAAAAGGAAAGCAAAGGCGAUGACAGUGACACAUCCGAAGACGAAUCUGAAGACGAGGAUGAGGAGCAGUCGAAGAAGCGUGAGCCAAAAAUGCACGCCGUCUCCAUCCCGCACUACGGAGGAAUCAAUCGGAUUCGUGCUGAUAGACUCGGAGACAGCACGGUCUGUGCCUGUUGGAACGAUCAAGGACGCGUACAAGUGUGGAAUAUCACCGAAGCUCUCAACCAUUCGAAUAUUAUGACUGGAGAAUCGAAGACCGAAGUUCAGAAGGUUGACAGACCACUGUUCACGAACAACGGAUCCGGAAAGGAAGGAUAUGGACUUGCCUGGUCCCCGCUCAAAACUGGAGACCUCGCCACUGGCGACGUCAUCAAGAAAAUCUAUCUGUGGACGAUGAAAGAAGGCGGACAAUGGGCAGUUGGAGCAAAUCCACUGACGGGACACAAAAGUUUGUUGAGCAUUCUUUACUUUCUUGAUUUCGUUAUUUUCAGAGAGUGUGGAAGAUCUCGCCUGGUCGCCUACUGAAACUGGUCUUCUGGCUUCGUGCUCGGCGGACGGAACCAUCAAACUCUGGGAUACUCGUGCCGCACCAAAAGAAGCAAACGUGUGUACAGUUCAAAAUGCUCAUCAGUCGGACGUCAAUGUCAUUUCCUGGAACCGUCACGAGAAUCUGAUUGUGUCCGGAGGAGACGAUGGAGAACUGAAGAUCUGGUCGUUGAAAACAAUUCAGUUCGGCCAACCAGUCGCUCUCUUCAAGUAUCACAACGGACCGAUCACAUCUGUCGAAUGGCAUCCGGAUGAGACGACGACAUUCAUGGCUUCUGGAGAGGACGAUCAGACGACGAUGUGGGAUAUUGCGACGGAAGCAGACGGAAACACGAACAUUGAGGGAGUGCCGCCACAGUUGAUGUUCGUCCAUAUGGGGCAGAAAGAGGUGAAGGAAGUGCACUGGCAUCCGCAGAUCCCUGGACUUGCCAUCAACACCUCCAUCGACGGAUUCAACGUCUUCAAGACUAUCAAUAUCUAA